AUGGCUGUUUCGGUUCUUACUCUUGCCGUCCUUGGGCCUAUUGGCUUGGGUCUAUUGCAUCAUGUUGAGGCCAAGGCGGCGGUAAGGCCACUACCAGAUGCGGCGCAGGUGAUUGAUCAGAAGAGCUUCCUUGUCUUGGACAAUAUCCCGGCACCAAAGGAAUUUCUCGCAACCAAGGAAUUUACAUGGCCUGGAGUCACGCAAAAAUCUCUCAGUGAACGACCCUUCCAUGUUUAUGACCCCGAGUUCUACGACAUCAUUGGAAGUGAUCCUUCCCUGACAUUGCUGUCCACAUCGGAUAAGGACCCCAUCUUCCAUGAAGCUGUCGUCUGGUACCCUCCUACCGACGAGGUCUUUUUCGUUCAGAAUGCUGGCGAUCCCGAUGCUGGAACAGGCCUCAACAAGUCGUCUGUCAUCCAAAAGAUUUCUCUUGCAGAGGCUGAGGCCCUGAGGAAUGGCUCGCACGAAGCUAGUGAAAUCAAGAUUACCAUUGUGGAUUCGAAGUCACAGGUCAUCAACCCCAACGGUGGCACGAACUACAAGGGCCAGAUCAUCUUUGCCGGCGAAGGCCAGGGAGACAAGAUCCCCUCCGCUCUCUACCUCAUGAACCCCGAGAAGCCAUUCAACACUACGACCCUCGUCAACAACUUCUUCGGUAGACAGUUCAACUCCCUCAACGAUGUCUCCAUCAACCCUCGAAAUGGUGACAUUUACUUCACCGACACCCAAUAUGGUUACUGGCAGCAUUUCAGACCCGAGCCUGGCCUGCAAAACCAGGUUUACCGUCUCAACCUGGAGACCGGGGCAGUGACUGUAGUUGCGGAUGGCUUUGUAUCUCCUAACGGCCUCACAUUUUCUCCGGAUGGAUCAUAUGCAUAUGUCACAGAUACCGGACUGAGCCAAGGACUAUUUGGGCAGAAUUACACGCGACCCGCUUCCAUCUACCGCUUCGACGUCCAAGAGGACGGCACGUGGGAGUAUCGCAAGACAUUCGCCUACGCUUCAGCACGUCUUCCUGAUGGAAUUCACUGCGACUCCAAAGGAAACGUGUACGCAGGCUGCGGAGAUGGCGUCCACGUCUGGAACCCCUCUGGAAAAUUCAUCGGCAAGAUUUUCACAGGUAUCAACGCCGCCAACUUCCAAUUCGCUGGUGACGGUCGGAUGAUUAUCAUGGGAAGAACCAAGUUGUUCUAUGCUACGCUUGAGGCUUCAGGAGCGCGUCUAAACUGA